AGGCGAACAGAGUGGAGGGAGGGAGAGGAAAGCAGAAAAUGAGAGUGUGGCCAAGACAGUGGCUCAUAGUGACAGCAGGGGCAGAGGGAGGCAGAGUGAGCGAGUGAGCUGGGGAAGAGAGAACUGACAGUGGGGGGAAAAUGCAGGAAAGACACUGAAGCUGAGCUGGUGGAGGAGAAAACAGGAAAAUACAGCCAAGGCUAGAAAGAGUCAUUAGGAAGCAACAGUGGGGAAGCAGAGAGAAAGUGUGGAAACUGACUGAUUUGUCCAAAUGAGUUUGUGAUGUGCAACUGGCGGUGCUUAAAUCGCAGCGUGGAGUGUGUUUGCGUGAGCGGGUCUGAUUGUGCUACCAGUACUGCCUGGAAAACGUGCUUGGUGGAUUAUGAGAGAUCAAGACGAGGACGAUUGUGUGUGUGUGUGUUAGAGAGUCUGUGUUUAUUGGUGAACAAAAGGAGUAGGUGCAGCUUGUUCGUGAGUGUGCAUGUUCAGAUGAGAAAGCUGUACAGCUGGAAAGUUGCUUGAGGAAAGGGAAAAGAUAGUGCAGAUAGCUGAAGCACUUGAGGAUGCCAGGGCAUUCAGGGACAAGCACAGCUCUCCGAUAACUGCCGUCUGAGUACUUCAUACCCAACUAAGCAAAGCAAACCAAUAAACAAAGACUGUUGAAGGCAAAUAAGGUGAAACCAUGGGAGCACGUGUCUUCUUGAGCCAUCAACGGAACUAUUUGUAGGACCAAAGCAUCUCUGUUGCUGCUGACUACCUCAAAGGGUAAAGCCUCGAAGACUGUAGAGUUUCUUUGGAGGUCUACGUGAAGGAUCGGUGGGGGUCCAUUAUCGUGUCCAGUGAUCCCUUGAUGUCUUCAGCACCCAACCAUGGGAGAGUGGACCAUUUUAGAGCGCCUCCUGGAGGCCGCUGUGCAGCAGCACUCUACAAUGAUUGGAAGGAUUCUACUGACAGUUGUGGUGAUAUUCCGUAUCCUGAUUGUGGCCAUCGUAGGUGAAACGGUCUAUGAAGACGAGCAGACCAUGUUUAUCUGCAACACCCUCCAACCUGGGUGCAACCAGGCCUGCUACGACAAGGCCUUUCCCAUCUCUCACAUCCGAUACUGGGUCUUCCAGAUCAUCCUUGUUUGCACGCCCAGCCUGUGCUUCAUCACCUAUUCAGUGCAUCAGUCGGCCAAACAACGUGACCGUCGCUACUCCUUCCUCUACCCAAUGAUAGAGAAGGACUACAGUCGUGAGGGUACCCGCAGACUACGCAACAUUAAUGGCAUUUUGGUGCAGCACUCCGAAAGUGGUGGUGGAAAGGAUGAACCUGAUUGCUUAGAAGUAAAGGAGAUCCCAAAUGCUCCAAGAGGCCUCCUGCAUAGCAAGAGCUCCAAGGUACGUCGACAAGAGGGCAUCUCACGCUUUUACAUAAUCCAGGUUGUGUUCCGCAAUGCAUUGGAGAUAGGCUUCUUGGUGGGACAGUAUUUUCUAUAUGGCUUUAGUGUCCCCGGCAUCUUUGAGUGUGACCGCUACCCCUGCCUGAAGGAGGUAGAGUGCUACGUAUCACGGCCCACUGAGAAGACGGUCUUCCUAGUGUUCAUGUUUGCAGUGAGUGGGAUCUGCGUCGUGCUCAACCUUGCCGAGCUCAACCACCUCGGCUGGAGGAAAAUCAAGGCUGCCAUUCGAGGUGUGCAAGCCCGCAGGAAGUCCAUCUGUGAGAUCCGCAAAAAGGACAUGGCCCACCUGUCACAACCGCCAAACCUGGGCAGAACCCAGUCCAGCGAGUCUGCUUAUGUCUGAUCUCCAUUCACCUAAAUAUGGAGUCACGAGGAGUGGAAUGCGGUUAUGGUACUUGUGCAAAUGUUUAUAAUGGCAAAGGGGGAGGGGCUCCACAUAGCCACACCUCUUUCCCACAAGCCACUCCCUCCCUCUUUAUGCCAUAUGACAAUGUUUGAGGAAGUUUGCACAAUGUUAGGCUUCUGGAACAGUAUGUGAAGACGGCAUAAAAGGGAAUUUUUGAGUUUCGAACACAAGGAUCAAUGGAAGGGUGAAGAGCGUAAGGUACGAUACAGGGAGAUGAAGGAUGUCUAACAUAGAAUGUAAUGGAAAUGAAAGAAUCUGGGUCUGUUUUGCCACUUUUCUCACUUCCACAUCUUGAGAAAAGAGAAAAAAUAAGGAAAGUUAGCAGGAGAGCGUAGCAUGACAAUAACCUCAACUUUCCUCAACCGUUGUCGCUGAGAUGGUGCCAGAAGAAGAAAACUGUUUAGGUUUGCUCUCCUGGCAGUGCAUCGGCCUAAAACAAACAACGGGUGGGAUAUAAACAUUGUUACAGCAGUGGCACCUUCACUUUGACAUUUGAUUGAACAAACAUUAGCAUCUUCUUUUGUAAUCUCUCUCUGGUUGUCAUAAAAGACUAGGAGAGGAUUAUUACCUCCGCGCAAAGUGUGCCCUUCCAUAAAGACACCCACUGUUACGUGUUCCAGUCAAGUAUUGCAUGAAUGUGUGUUUAUAUGUAUGUAUGUGACCAAAGUUGAAAGAAUUUAGAAAACGCAGAUUACUUUUUGUUCAUUUUAAGAUUAUACUUUUUUUUUUCCUUUUUCUUUUUUGCAAAGGUUGGUGCCAUCAACUUAAAUGACUGUUUAUUUCAAAAUAUUAUUUAAAACAUAGAUUAUUUAUCUUUAUUGGGAAAGAGAGCCAACCCUGUUGAAAAGAAUUUCCAUGCUGGUCCGAGGCUGGUUUAUGAUGGUUAUUGCUGGUUUAACUGGUGGAGAAGAGUAACCAGCAUGGUCUUUCUGGUGAACAUGAUUAACAAAGGAAGUCUUGUGUGUUAUGAUAGAUGCUUGAUGGGGACACCCGUAAAAAGAAUCGAAGAAACGUUUUCAUGUAUCCAAAUGUUUCUAUCAGAUGAAUUUAUUAUCAAAACAUUAGCAUAAAGGUAUCUUUCAAAGGCAUGUUUACAAAGCUUUAUCUGUCAAAUGACUUUUGAAAUGAAAAAUCGAUGUUCAGUGUGUGUUAUUAGGGAAAAUGAUCAAUUUAUAGUGUUUUUAUUAGCUUUUUUCUUCUCGUCACGUGUUUAAUCGGCAUGCCUUUACUAUUAAGAAAAGAAGAAGCUUAGAAAAAACUAUAUGAAUGCAUUGCACUUUGCGGGGAUGGGAAGAGUGGAUAAAAGGAGAAACUCACUCUGGGAAGGACAUCAUUGGUGGGAAAGUGAGCCUUUUGAAUUGGUCCAUCUGAAAUAAGAUUGAUGACAAGCAUGUAGGUAUGUGCGUGCAUGCAGCUGUAAUCCACUGUGUGCCUUUGUUUACACAGUGUGGGUUAAAGCAGAGUGUAACAUCUCUAACAAACACUCAGAAAAAACAUUUGAGUUGUCAUUCAGCCAAUUUUAGCACUAGGCCCACUAAAGAACAUACUUGUGCCUACACCGCCCUGACUCCACUCUGCACGUGCACAUAAAACAACCCAGUGUAGACAGAACACAGUGCAACUAACACGGACCAGCUCGCUGACAUACUGCAGAGACAGAAAACACUGUCAGACAAGAUACAGAGAGAAAGAGAGGAAACUGCAGAGGCCCUUUAACAUCAACACAAUUGUCCUGACUUUGGAGUUUCUUGCAAAAAAAAAGUAUUUCACAGGAAAGUGUGUGUUUAUGUUUAGCUUGACAUGAAGUGCAGUUUAGCCACAGUUCUGAUUCAGGCCAGAAGUCAGUGUGAGGAUGGAUAUUGUCGUUUACAUCUAAAUUGAAUGAGAGGUAUAAAAUCGGCCACAUUUAGGAGGCGUCCAAAGCAUGUCACAUUUGUUUUACUGCAAAUGUAAACAGCUUGUAAAUGAUCCAUAAAAACUUAGAAGCACUUGUGGACUUUUCUGCGCUUCAUCAAAGAUGAGAACACGAUUACAUUUAGACCCAGGGUACAAAAUUAACACUCAUCAAGCGGUAAAUGUGAUUGGCAAGUACAUAAACGAAGCUACUUGCCAGUUUAUUAGGAACUGCAACAGUACUGCAAUAAUAAUAUAACCUUCAACAAAGUGAUGCAAUUCAAAGACAUACAAACUACUACUGCUGUUAUUUUUUAUUGAAAUGCAAAUACAGUUCCAUGGCCAUUAAUAAAUAUUUACAAGUUCUAAAUUCAUCUGCCAUUUGCCAGCAUGGUGAAAAGUUAAUUUUUAACCCUGUGUAUACACUCUAAAAAGCAAUUUAUUAAACAGUAUUGUUUAAUUGUAGCAUAGAACUAACCUAAUGAGGUUUGCCUAAAACAACACAAAAUAAAAAAAAGAUGAAUUAAUCAGGUAAAUGAAUCUUAAAAUUCAAAUUUUAAUAGUCAACUAAACCUACAAUUAAGUUUUAAAGAGGGUUUAGAUGUAUUUUUUACUGGAAAACAAGACUCACUUUUAAUUUAAUCAGAACAAAUAAUUAGUAAUGGCUGAAAGUAAGGCUCAGCAACCUUCCUUAACACAAAAGUUUGAUUGUAUCCUUUGCAGAUCUAAUAGUCGGGACCAGUUUAACAUGUAAAUUAUAAGGGACUAUAGCCAUUAUUGUGUGGGGUAGAAAUUAAAUGCACCCUACACUUGGGACCAAACAUAUCUAUUUCUUAAACUGUACCUUCUGUGUUAGAGAUUUCCAGUUCUUUUAUUCUGAUCUACGCAAAUAGUAACUCUGCCAAAAUCAUAAACUCUGUAUCUAUGCAGCAUUAGAGGGCAUCUUUUACAAGAGCAGUUCAGAGAUUAUGAAGAUUGCUUCCCCAAGUGAGAACUUCUUCAUGUGCUUAAUCCACUCUUCUCCUCAGUCUAUUUUUAUAAAACCUAUAUCAGAAUACUAGACAAAAAAAGAACAAUGUCAGAUUUUGUUUCUUCUUUUUAUUUAUUCCAGCUUGUGAAUUAUGUUUAUAUGUGUUACUCUUUUUUACAGUGCUGUAAUAUGAGGGACACAGAAGGGUGUAUUUAAAGACCAGAGUUAGGAUUUAAAGUUAAAAUGUGGCUUUACCUGCCAAAGUUUUGUUAUAUGCAACUUGACUAAUUGGGUUUCAGUGAAUGGGUUGUUCAAUUACUGUAAAGCAUGUGUAACUGAUAUGGAAAGCAUGCUUUUGUUCUUUUAUUUCACUCUUUUUUUAUGAAACAAGAAAGCAGGGACAAGUAAAUGGCAUGUUUAGAUUAGAAAACUGGGUAAAAUGGAAAAUGUUUCAUGGGCCAAAACUAAAUUUUAAGACUAAACUACGCAGACUGCAAUCUUGUUACAAACAUAUGCAACACUUGAUUUUCAGCACAAACUUUUGACACGAGAUUCAAAAAGUAUUUUUAUGGUUACACACAUCCUGUAGUCACUGCCAGACAAUUUUGUAGAAAAUAGCUGUUUCACAAAAAGUGUUUUUUAAAAAAUAUUUGAUGUGUAAGUAAGCAACCUGUGUGUUUAAUUGACAAUAAGACGUUAUAAUCUACUGCCACUGAUCAUCUUAAA